AUGGCGAAGCAUCAACCAAUGUGUUACUAUGUUCUGAACAGUGGUGUUGUCGAAGAGCAGAACGCUAUUUUCGAAAGGCCUCACCAGGGGAUGCAGAGUCACCUCAAGCCCCUAUACAUUAGGGCCAAAGUUGGACAGGUGGGAGUGAAUAAAGUCUUGGUGGACGGAGGAGCAGUAGUCAAUUUGAUGCCUCAAUUCAUGUUGAAAAAGAUAGGGAUGUUCGACACUGAUGUCAAACCUCACAACAUGGUAUUGUCAAAUUAUGAAGGUAAGAUAGGACAGACGCUGGGCGUCAUACAAGUGGACCUGAUUGUUGGGUCAAUCACAAGACCAACAAUGUUUGUGGUAAUACCUGCAAAAGCAAAUUACAAUUUACUACUAGGGAGAGAAUGGAUACAUGGAAUAGGGGCGGUCCCUUCGACCAUGCAUCAAAGAAUAUCUAUCUGGAGAGAAGAUGGCGUGGUAGAGAAUGUCGAAGCUGACUAA